UCAGGGGAACACCAGAGGAACAUGAGGGGAACACCAGAGGAACAUCAGAGGAACAUGAGGGGAACACCAGAGGAACAUCAGAGGAACAUGAGGGGAACAUCAGAGGAACAUCAGAGGAACAUCAGAGGACUUCAGAGGAACAUCAGAGGACUUCAGAAGAGGAGUUCACUUCACAAGCUGCUGCUUUGAGCCUCAGCACCCUGACUAGACCUUUAUUCAGGAGAAAAACAUCCGUGGAACUUCCUGUGACUCUACUGGGAGUGUUGGGGCCCCGCCUUCCUCUCACUUCCCUUUACUGGGAGCGUGUGGGUUCAAGAGAUGUCAGGACAUGUUCCAACAAAGAGAGCCCGAGGGCGGAGAACCUUCACGGGGCACUUGACCCCAUAAAUGUGACGCGUGUCUUCCCCCAACAAGGACCAUGGCAGCGGCGGCCUGGACCCUGCUGCUGUCUGCGCUGCUGUCUGCGCUGCUGUCUGCGCAGCUGGCUGCCGCCUCCACUGAGGCGCACAGUGACCUCCUCUGCCCCAGACCCCAAUGGGGAGCCAGACGACACCUUCCAGGUGAGCGUCGGCCACCUCUUCCUGCUCAAGUGCCUCUUUGUGGACACCCACGCCAGCGUGACGUGGAGCCGAGGGGGCGGGCUUGGCCCGAGCCUGCCCCCCGGGGUGGAGGUCAGGGACGGGCUACUGUGGUUUCUACCUGUGCAGAUGUCUCAUGCUGGAGCCUACACCUGUGAGAAAAGGGACCAGACCGGAUCCCUGGCAGUGACGUUCGGGGUGUCUGUGUCCGGUGGAAAGUGUCCCGACCCGCCUGAAAAGAAGUCCGCCGCCGUGGGAGUCACCGAGCUUCUGUCCUGCAAACAGAAAGAGAUCCUGGAGCUGAACCACACGAGGAACAUACGAUGGGUGAAGGACUGCCAGCUGAUGGAGCCGCCAGGGGAACGCACCUCAGUGUCUGAGAGCGGCUUCCUGAGGCUGUCUGGCACCUCAAAGGAGGAUUCUGGGAAAUACACCUGCCUGGUGGACGUCAGCGUGGACGGCAGGAUGUACACCGCUGCUCGCAGCAUCUGGCUGGCUGUCGACAAGGACAUCUCAACUACACUCAUUGUAGAGCCUCAGGUGGUGUACCCUCAACAGGAGGUGGUGGUGGUGGAAGAAGGGACGAGGGCGGAGCUCCACUGCUACGCCUACAUCGGCUUCAGCGACGACGACGAGACUCUGAUGUACUGGACCGUGAACGAGACGCACACGGACGAACACCAGGAACUGGCCGUGUCCUUGAAUGUUUCUUUCAAAAGAGGCCGGGUGUACGGCCGCUCCACUCUGUCCAUCUCCAAAGUCCUCCGUCAGUUCCUGAAUGUCCCGAUCUCCUGCUGCGUCUCCAACUCAGCGGGAUUCAAUGUCGGCGUUGUGUGGCUUCAAGAAGCCGACCACAGCGCCCUCUACACCACAGUGGCCCUCUACCUCUCCGCCUCCUUGGCCGUUCUGCUCCUCUGCACCGUGUUCCUCCUCUUCCGGGUGGAGGUGGUGUUGGCCCACAGGAAGCUGCUGAGACGUUUCUCCAAGCGAGCUCCCGAUGGGAAGCGCUACGACGCCUACGUGAGCUUCCUCCCGCCCGGCGCCCCGAGGUCAGCCGAGACGGCGAGCCUGGCCCUGCAGGUCCUCCCCGAGGAGCUGGAGAAGCAGCACGGCUACUCACUGUACAUCAGAGGACGGGACGACUGUCCCGGAGAAGCGAUACAUGAUGUCAUCGCCGAUACGUUGAGCAAAUGCCGCAGACUGAUAAUCAUCCUGUCACCUGUGGUGAACUCCUCCUCCUCCGAGCCUUUAGGAGACGACCAGAACCAGCUGUGCUACGAGCAGAAAGUCGGCCUGUACGACGCUUUGACCCAAAACGACCUCCGAGUGAUUCUGGUGGAGAUCGGUGGGCCGGUGGACUACAGCGUCCUGCCGGAGUCUCUGCGCUACAUCAGGAGGAAGCAAGGAGCUCUGAAGUGGAAGAAAAGCUCCCUCCGAACCAACAAAUUCACCAAUUUGCAGUCAAACAGAAACUUCUGGAAGAAUCUGCGGUACCACAUGCCCCCGGUGCCCGUGGGGAGACUCCAGACUGUCGUCUAGACCGGCGGUCCCCAAACACCGGGCCGUGACCCGGUACCGGGCCGGGGACCCUUUGGUACCGGGCCGCACAGAAAGAAUGAACGAACAAAAUGUUUGAUUGAUUAUCACGGUCUGAAAGAUGUUUUAUUUUGAAAAACACGUUACCCCAAAAACUGAAAGCAGAAAUGAAUAAAAAACAAAGGUGUCAGGACUUAAAAUACGACUUUACUGCAUUUACCAUAUUCUACAGCUGAUUCUCACUCUGCAGAAUAUGGCGAUAAUUCAGCGUAAUGGUGAGUGAUUUAUUUAUGCAUUUUAUAUUUGUUUUCAUGCCUGUCGUAUCAUUUUUAUUUUGUCAUAUUUAUCCCUCCACACUUUAAAGUCCGGUCCGUGGCGCAAAGAAAAAGGUUGUUCGGUUGUUUGAGGACAUUCAGACCUCUUUCCUGGCAGACGGCAUCAUAUCUCUUAUUCAAUUCAAUUCAGUUUAUUUUGUAUAGCCCAAACUCACAAAUUACAAACUCCCCUCAGAGGGCUUUACAAUCUGUACACAUACGACAUCCCUGACCUUUGACCUCACAUCGGAUCAGGAAAAACUCCCAAGAAAAAUCGAAAAAACCCUUUCAGGGUAAAAAAAAAAAUCACCGGAUUUGUUUGACAUAAAAUUCACUGCAACAAACCAAAGAAAGAAGACCAGCAGAGGUCAUGAAUGUGUCCGAAAACCAGUCAAACCUAGUUACGGCUUCAGGACAGGAGACCUGGAGCAGGUUCUUGGAGGCUGCAUCUGUAUCUUCCACCAGUGUUGCCGUGAUAUCUGACACAUACGUUGAGUAAUCCUGGGUUCUGGAAAAGGGUUUUAUCAGCCGUGUUGGAAACGCUGGUUAAUGGAUGAAUCCAACGUUCUGGACUCUGCCCUGUUUACACGCAUAUGAACCAACUGGUGUUGGGGAACCUGACAAGUUGAUCGACUUAACCCGUCAUGUUGGUGCAGAGUCUCCUUUAAGUUCCCCAAAACCACAUGAAAUAUCACAAAUACACAAAUACUACUCGAAAAAAUGACCACCAAAUGAUCACCAAGGGACACAAAGUUACCACCAAGAGAAACCAAAAUAUUACUAACAGACACAAAAUGACAGUAAUGAAACCAAAACAACUACAAUGAGACACACAAGGACCCCAAAGAGAUCCAUAACCAGAACAUGAGGCCUUUUGCAUGUCCGUGUUACCCUGGAAACCAUCUACUCAGGGAAAGUCCCUGCUGGGGCUGCAAACUCUGUAAAUAUGCAUUUGGGAAUUAAAAAGUCUGUUAAACUGAGCCCACAUGAAAGGGACUCAGAUGAUGACCCUCAUGGGGUGAUUCACCAGAUAAUGAACUCAAACUAUCUCAUUGACUUGAGAGAUUCUAUGAAUCUUGCACUAACAUUUCCUGUUUUCAGAGAAACGACUUUCUUAUCUUCCUCAUUGUAUCUCAGGCAUCCUGCAUCUUUUACUGGUGCAUUUUUUUCUUACCUCUUUUCACAUUCUUUAUUUUUAUAAAUAAAUAUUUAUGUUACAA